AUGUUGACAUAUCAAAAAAUACAGAUACACUCCAUACUUCUGUCAAUAACCUGUCCAGUGUCCAUGCCCCUGGAGCAAAUUGUGAAGAAGACCAAUGCACUGCACUACAUGCCCUCAUUGUUACAAAGAAUAGAGAAGCUGCGACGACUGGUCAAUGUAUGGAAUGGAAGCCUUGAAAUUGGUGUUACAACACAAAAUCCAGAAUAUAUGGACUUACCUGCCACGGCAACCAAAUUGAGAAAUACCGCAUGGAUUCUAUCAGGCAGUUCAGUUGUGAGAGAUGGUGUAACACAUUUACCAUCUUAUGGCCCAGAGCUUGACACACUGCAGGAAGGGGACUGUGUUGGUGUCAUGAGAACUAGUCGAGCUGAGUUACUAUUUUUCAUCAAUGGAAGAUGUCUCGGUGUGGCUGCCAUGGAUAUGCCCCCACUUUUAUAUGGGGUUAUCGAUUUGUAUGGACAAUGCGUUCAAAUAACUCUCGUGCCGCAAUCGCCCACUACACCUAGAUCUGCAAUAACAAAUGCAGAAUCUCAAAAUGAAGCUACGCGUCAUGACGGGCCAGUGGCACUCAUGGAGGUUGUUAACUAUGAACCCUCUGUUGACACAUUCCCUAAGGGUAGCCGGGAUGAAUAUGUUAAUAAUUCUACGGAAGCUUCUUGUACACACUAUAAUCAAGACCGUUUGAGAUUUCAUACAAGGUGCGGUGUAUUGGUGCGGUUCUCACAUCACAAUAGGACGGCGGAACGCGCGCGGCCAAUGGACGAUUAUAAUGAUGCUGUGGUGAUGACGUCACGACCGUUGCAUGAUGGUGAACUCUUCGAGAUACGCAUCGAGCGCCUUGUGCAUAAAUGGAGCGGCAGCAUUGAGGUUGGCGUGACCAAUCACAAUCCAGCAACUCUAAACUUCCCGUCAACUAUGACCAAUAUGGAAACUGGCACAGUCAUGCUCUCCGGCUCCAAAGUGUUAAUCAACGGUCAGGGCACAUGCACUGAAUAUGGCUCCAUGAACCUUGAUGAAUUGAAGGAAGGUGAUAUGGUGGGUCUGAUGAGGAAGUCGUGUGGAAGCCUGCACUACUUCAUCAACGGCGUGGACCAGGGCGUGGCCGCAAGGGACGUUGCGGCUCCCGUCUGGGGCGUUGUUGACCUCUACGGGAUGACAUCCAAGGUUUCUAUAGUGGAUGCAUACGACGACAGUAACCUUCAUGAUAUAUCUCCGUUGCCCAGCGUGUCACUAGCACCUGAGAUAGACACGGAUGCAGACAUAGAUACAGAUAUGAAUGACAUUGAAGAUGACAGUCAUUUAUUUCAUACGAUGCGUGCUUCGAAUGUUGUUAUUAUUAACAAUGGUAAGACUGCUUAUAGGCCUAACGCUAUGGAAUUCUUCAAUGAAGGGCUCGUGAUGACAAACCGGCCCUUGAAGAAUGAUGAAUUGUUCCAAGUUAGAGUCGAUGUGAUCGUACCAAAGUGGGCUGGGAGCAUUGAGAUCGGAGUCACGCAACAUACAUCUAAUGAAAUACAGUUCCCAUACAAAUUGAGCAAUGCCAAAAGUGGUACGUGGGCCUUGGUCGGCGAAGAUGUGAUCCGCGACGGUGUCAUCAUCAGCUCGCAGUACACCAGGAACCUCAACAGGCUGGUGGAAGGCGAUACAAUCGGUUUGAUGCGUACCAGCCUGGGGGUGUUGCAUUUCUACAUCAACGGAGAAGACCAGGGUCCCGCUGCUUACAAUGUACCAGAUCAAAUCUAUGGUAUUAUUGAUCUGUACGGGCGUGCGGGGCAAGUAAGUAUUGUGGAGGGUCGAGUGGACCCUCCAGUGUACUCGCCUGAAUCACCACUCUCCACUGAAUCCAUUAUCACGUCUUUUCCGGAGAUGUGUUUCCACCUGGUGCAUGGUCGUAAUGCAGUGUUGUCCAGAUCUCGUCUGACUGCAUCACGAGCUGCUGUCUACUCUGAGUUCAAUGAUGCUGUGUUGUUCAGUUCACGACCGCUGCGUGAAUGUGAUAUGUUUGAACUACGUAUUGACGCCAUGGUCGACUGUUGGAUAGGCAGCAUUGAAAUGGGUGUGACUGGUAUUCGGCCUGAGGACUUGGAGAGUGGUGCGGGAGGUUCAUUAGCAGGCACUGCUACUGAUCUGACAGGGGAUACUUAUGUUCUGAGCGGUGCUGCUGUCAUGAAGGAUGGAGAAUGCGUGCGCAGCGGUUACAGACUAGAUCUAGACACUCUCUCUGUUGGCAGUAGAGUUGGUAUGAUGUGGCAUGCGGACCGCAGCCUGCAUUACUACUUGGAUGGCAUGGACAUGGGACAGGCGUGGCAUGUACCACAUCUCAAUAUCUACGCAGUCGUUGAUCUUUACGGCCAGUGCACCCAGGUGACAAUUUUGCAGAACGAGGCUCGCACUUUCAACUACAACCCUGGUACAGCAUCAGACAACUCUCUGCUGGACAUGACUCAGCAGCCUGCUGCACCUCCGCAGCCUUACUGCACAUUUUCUGAAUACUGCGGUGACAAUGUUCGUGUGACAAAGGAGUACUCGAUAGCGACACGGUUUUUACCUGACCCUGCCGGUGCUAUUGUCUUCAGCUCCUCACAUCUGGCACAAGAUGAGAUGUUUGAGGUGAAGAUAUUAAAGCAGCGCGCCGGGUUCGCUGGCGGUCUGCGUGUUGGUGUGACAGAUGUUAAUAUAUUGAACGCGCACGUCAAUCGCAGCCUCCCGCCCGCCAUUAUCUACUUACCUCACUUCACAGCUUACAUCGACGGGAAGCACAUGUUUUAUUCAAGACCGGGUAGUCGAGAACGCGAUGCUAGGCUUGUGGUGCCGUCCUUUGAGUGGCUGAGACCCGGAGACCGCAUCGGACUCAAACUGACCGCAGACCAUCGGGUUGUGGUCUAUUACAACUACGAGCCCCUCGAAGUUGCCUUUGAAGGCGUACCUGAUAAAGUGUAUGCGGUGAUUGAGUUACAUGGUGAGGUGAGCAAGAUCCAAGCUAUGAAUAAAAUGACAGCCAAUGCAUUGCCUCCGCACUUAAACGAGUCGUUCAUGAGACGCGAGGUGGAGACGUUCCAAGAGGUGACUUCACUGAAGCCAUGCGAGGAUAUGGACGGCAGCAUGGAGGGGAUAGAGGGCACGCCAGCGCUGUCCCCCGCACCCACCGCGCCCCCCGCACCCACCGCGCCCCCCGCCAUCCCCGCCCACCGCAACCCCCGACCGUACACCUUUCACAACGUACACGGGAACAACAUCAAGCUUUGCAGCUCCGAUACGGUGGCGGUGCGCACGACCAGCUACAAUGGCGGCCUGGCAGUCGUCAGCCAGCCUAUCAGGCGCGGUCAGAGCUUUAUGUUCCGUGUGGAGAAAGUUGACCCGACCUGGUCGGGCAGUGUAGGUGUGGGUGCUCUAGGCUAUCUGCCUGACGAGCUGCCCGACUUGGCCGGUGCUAUCGACCCGCCUGCAUGGCUGCUCGCGCCCGACCUCUGCGCGGACAAUGGCAUUUACUUCCGGGGGGAGGCUGGGCGUGCGCUGGAGGAGGUGAGCGAGCGGUCUGUGGUGAGCGUGGAGUUUCUGUGCGACGGGCGGCUGGUGGCGGCGGCGGAUGGUCGGCCGCUGUGCGCGCUCGGCCUCGUGCCAGACACCCUUGAUGUCCUCUACCCACUCGUAGAUGUCUACGGCAAAGUUUGCCAGGUGUCAAUAUUGCUUCACCCAUACGUACUAGGGAGUGGGGCCUCCCUGGACCUGCCGAGUGUAACUGCGACCCGCGAGGACAGCUCGGGCGUGUCGGAACUGCCCGAGGACGACGUGUCGCCGGUGGACCUCGACGUCGGCACCUCUGUCGCCAAGCCGAAGCUGCGUGCGCACAGUGAGGCGCGCCGCCACGCCUACGCCGACGACCCCUUCGCCGAGCGUCAUCUCUGCGAUACUAACAUACGUCACAACGACCGGUACCCGGAGGCGAGCGAAGUCGACAACUUCGACAUCGAGAUCGUGGAUGCGCUCACACUCGAGACCGGCAACCUGCCAGACCUCACCGAGGACCACUCCUCCUCCAUCGAUGACUCGACGCGCCGAGACGACCUCUGCACGGACAUGCUCUCCGCGGAGAACGUCCACUAUCUGAGCGCACUUCUCGGCCUCGAGCGAGGCGGCGGCGGAGAAUGCGAGCCCUCGGAGUGGGAGCGGGCGGUAGGUGGGCGCGACUGUGCCCACCUCGCCCUCGUGCUCGACUACUGGCGUUGUCUGCUGCAACCGCUGCCCGAGCUGCGGCGCGGCUGCGCGUGGGGUCGCGCCGAGUGCCACUGCUCCGGCUGCCACCCCGACCUGCGACCACCAUUAGCCGGUUGGGUGCGUAUAGAGAGGGCGGAUGCUGCGGGCGGGGCUGCUCGCGCGUACUGGCCGCUGUCGCGUGCGGCGCUCGCGGGAGUGCGCUCGUGCUGCGCCCGCGCCCGCCGCCCUCGCCGCCCUACCGCCCUAACGCCCUCCCUCGCACGUCUGCCCGCCUCACUCUAUGACGUAUGGUUCGACGUACAGGGUACACCGCAUCGCGUUGCGCUCGCCUUGGAGAUAGAUGUCGAGGGAAAGACACAGGAGAGUGAUUGUAUGCUGGCAGUCCUCAUCUAUAUGAAGCCUCACUCCACCUUGGCAGACAGUCCCUGUGGCCUGGAGGAGUCCAAACUUGUCAAAGAUCUGUUUCUUUCAAGCGACUCGGAGUCUGACGCCAAACCUCCGCCACCAAGUUCUGAGCAAAAAAAGUUGAAGAGGAAAUCGUCUGACAAGAUUACGGAGGAGCCGGUCAGGAAGAUUGCAGGUGAAGAGAAGCGGGAUAAGAAGGUGGUUAUUAGUCCUGUCUUAUCACCACCAAGAGUUACGGCGCAAAUGUUGUUCGGGGAUGACAGCUCUGCGGAAGAUGACUGCAAUGAAGCAUCCAGCUCUAAAAAGACGGGCGGGUAUGAUUAUUAG